AUGGCCGGAAAAAAGCGCGUGGCCGAAAAUGCAUCGGCCAUCGACAACGAGGCUGAAGGCGCUGCCUCUGCUCCCAAGGCAACCAAAUCCAAAUCACGUGCCGCCAAGCAGCCGGUAACCAAACUCGAAACUAAACCAUUGCCAAAGACCCGAGGACAAAAAGCUGAUGAACAAGCAGCUACUGAUAAAGUUGUGACCGAACCAGCUGCUGUUCUAGUGGAGCCUACUGCCAACGGAAAAGAUGAGGCGAAGAAACGGGCUCGAAAAGGCAAAGGUGAGGUUACAGCUAAAUCUGUUAUCAAACUUGCCGAGCCAGUAGAGCAAGAAAAGAACGCAGAUGCAGAUGACGCCGCUCCAGAGUUGCCUAAAUCAGAUGUCAAACAGCCAAAUGGACGUGUUCGAAAAGCCAAAGCUACUGAGCCCAAAGUCGACUCUUCAAAAAUUCAAGAGAAAAAGGCAUCCCAUGUUAAAUCAAAGCCAGAAUCUGCCGCUGUAAGUAAUGAUGCUGCUAAGGCAAAGGCCACUAAGCCAAAACGAGGUGCAAAGAAAGGAGACGAACAUUUGGACAAUGUCGCCAAGGAAGAAUCUGUGGCCAAAGAGCCGGUCAAGCGCACUCGUAAACCAAAGGUUAACGAGGUUCCAACAGAGGAGACAGUGUCAGCUUCAGCUUUAGCUCCAGCUCUAGCUCCAAAAGAAGUGCCCAAGAAGCAAGCUCGAAAAGGCAAGGAAGCCAAGGCCGAGACCAUUGCUCAAGAGGAAGUGGAAGAGAAGGCAAUGGAAACUGGCGAUUCUCCUUCAGCAACUGUGCCAGCUAAACCAGCAAAGGACGGGCCUAAGAAGCGCACUCCCAAGGCUCGCAAAGCCAAGGCCUAA